AGAUAUAUCCCAGACAGAAGGGGAGGAAGAUGAUGCUGCUGUCAUGGAUGUGUUUCUGGUUUAAACUCGCUUCCUUCUCUGCGAAUGUGCCCCAGUACAGUUACACUCGCAGCCCCGUUUAGAGGCAAGGGCUCUCUUUAUAUUCCUGUGCCAAAAUGUAUGAACGACACUUGCUAUUGACCAUGCGUAUCUAUCCGACACAAAGUAAACCAACAGAAGGUGACCGAGAGGAUUGUAGCACCAAUUCAACAUUCUGUUGAAAAGCUAAAUUGACACACCGGGACUACUCUGCAAAAUGGAUGGACGACUUGUGUCUCUUUUGAACCACUCCAGAAAUUGUGGAUUAUAUUGCUGACCAAGGCGUGGGAUAUUUCAGCAGCGAAACAUUGUAUACAGGCCACUGCUGAGACUGCGUCCCCGCGCCCUCUCCUCGGGAAAUGGAUUUGGGUCGAUCCAAUCUCAGCGGCGGGGGUGGCGACCCCCUGCUGCUGUCGGACCCCCUCUUCCAGGACCACACCAACCUGAGCAGCAGCUACGCGGGCGGAGGCGCCUUCUUCUGGCUGGUGCCGCCGGAGAACGGCACCUGGAGCACGGCCGGGCCCACGCUCCACCCCGUGGCGCCGCCCAGGGUGCGGGACCUGGCGCUGGCCCGGGCGGAGAUCGGGGUGCUGGGGCUGGUCCUGGCGCUCACCACCCUGGGCAACGGCUUCGUCCUGUGGGUGCUGCUGCGGAGGAGGAAGCACCACGCGCCCAUGCACCUGUUCAUGAUCAACCUGUGCGUGGCCGACCUGGUGGUAGCCUUCUUCCAGGUCCUCCCGCAGCUGGUAUGGGACAUCACGGAACGCUUCCAGGGCCCGGAUGCCCUGUGCCGCUCUGUCAAGUACCUCCAGAUCGUGGGCAUGUUCGCCUCGUCCUACAUGAUCGUCGCCAUGACGGUGGACAGGCACUAUGCCAUCUGCUGCCCUCUGCAGGCGUACCGUGGCGGCGCGCCCUCCAAAUGGAACACCCCCAUCAUGGUGGCCUGGGGACUGUCCCUGGUGCUCAGCCUGCCCCAGGUGUUCAUCUUCUCACGGUCGGAGGUGGCCCCGGGCAAGUUCGACUGCUGGGGAAACUUUGCUGAGCCAUGGGGGCUUAAGGCCUACGUCACCUGGAUGACAAUUGCUGUGUUCAUCCUCCCUGCAUGUAUUAUCACCGUUUGCCAGGUCCGUAUCUUCAGAGAGAUCCACGACAACAUCUACCUGAAGUCAGAGCGGGUGGUGACGGCCGAGUUCAAGAGGAACUCUGUGCUCUUCCACUUCCCCCAUCGGGACACGGGCGUCUCCAAGGCGAUGUCCAAGACGGUGAGGAUGACGCUGGUGAUCGUGCUGGUCUACACGUUCUGCUGGUCACCCUUCUUCAUAGUCCAGCUGUGGGCGGCUUGGGACCCUAACCCACCUGAUCAAGGUGUGGCGUUCACCAUCCUGAUGUUGCUGGCCAGCCUGAACUCGUGCACCAACCCCUGGAUCUACACGGCCUUCUCCAGCAGCGUGUCGCGGGACAUGCAGGCCCUGCUUCACUGCCGCUGGAGGCCGGCGCGCCGCGGAUCCCUGCCCGACGACUCCACCACCACACACACCUCCACCACCACCAAGGACAGCGUCUACUGACUAGCGCAGCAGCGGCAGCAGCGGCAGCAGCGGUGGGAGAGGUGG